GUUCUGUUAUCGAUUAUUUUAGACACUCUAAAAACGAGAAUUUUGCCUAAACUAAGCUACUGUGGCGUGCGGUACCAACACCAACAACAUGCUGGUACUGCUGUUGGUUCUGUCCAUCCUAAGUUUUUCAAACUGCCAACAAUGCCAAAGUCGAGAUUACGGAAAUGGAGGAACCGUCUGUGUGUGCAAUGUCACAUACUGUGACACAAUCGCAAGGCCGCAAAGAGUGGACUCAACCCAAUUUCUUACAUACACCUCCAAUUUGGCCGGUCUGAGAUUCAGUCAAACGAGUAGGAGGUUUACCUCUAGACCAAAUUCCACAAACCGAAUUUACCUAAACUCGAGCAGAGUGUACCAAACGAUUAUAGGCUGGGGUGGAGCUUUCACUGAUGCGACCGGAAUUAAUAUUAACUCGUUACCAGUCAACAUGCGAGAGAUGUUACUAGAAUCGUAUUUUUCCCAAAAUGGUAUUGAGUAUAGUCUGGGAAGAGUUCCAAUUGGCGGUACCGAUUUUUCAAUUCGACCAUACACCUAUGAUGAUGGUUUACCGGAUCCAGAGUUAAUUAAUUUUGACCUAGCUCCAGAAGAUUUGCUUUAUAAAAUUCCAAACAUUCAAAGAGCCGUUAAUUUGACAAACGGCAACAUCAGGCUCUUUGCGUCAGCAUGGACGGCCCCCCGAUGGAUGAAAACCAAUGGAGAUUACAGUGGAUAUGGGUUUAUUAGAAGAGCCUUGUACCAGACAUGGGCUAAUUACUAUGUGAGAUUUCUGGACGAGUACCGACAACGUGGAGUCAAUUUUUGGGGAAUCACUACAGGAAAUGAACCAGCUGAUGUUUUAAAUCCUUUUGACCAGCUCGAAGUCGUUGGUUGGCCUUCGUGGUUGAUUGGAGACUGGAUUUUAAAUAAUCUAGGACCCACAAUCCGAGGCUCAAUUUACUCAAAUCUGACAAUUAUGAUACUCGAUGAUCAAAGAGUAUUUCUUCCUUGGUAUGUAGUAAGAGCAUUAUAUAAUAACAGAACGCGACAAUACAUUGACGGAAUUGCUGUUCACUGGUACUUGGACUUGUACUCCUCACCGGAUCUGCUAGACGAAACUCAAAGACUUUUUCCCGAAAAAUUCAUUUUAGGAACAGAGGCUAGUAUCAUGCCUGCUCCGUAUGAAACCCCAGUCUUAUUAGGUUCAUGGACACGUGGUGAAGAAUAUUCCUCUGAUAUAAUAGCAGACAUGCAACACUGGGUCACUGGUUGGGUCGACUGGAACAUGGCUUUAAAUCCUGAUGGUGGACCCAAUUACAUCCGAAACUUUGUAGACUCCACUAUUAUUGUAAACGCCACGGCUGCUGAAUUUUAUAAACAACCCAUAUAUUACCACUUCGGACAUUUCUCCAAAUUUGUACCAAGAGGAUCAGUUAGAAUUGACUGCAACGUAGUCUUUAACGAUAAUUCUAGUUCUGUUGACCAUGUUGCUUUCAGAAGACCGGACAAUGGUACUGCCAUCGUAAUUUUAAACAGAAACCCAACUGCAGUAUCGCUUAACAUAAUGGAUAACUCCAGAGGUGUCGCCCCAAUAGAAAUUACAGCAAAAUCCAUUACAACUGUUUUGUAUUGGUAAAAACUCUAAAAUGCUAAAUAUACAAUUAUUAUUUCA